UUCUCUGUCUUUACUGUUUCUUACUCUUUCAAAAACUUUUCUCAUUGUCCUCUCUACGUUUCUUCCCUCUCAAUCUGCCCCCACUCUCUUCCAAUCAAUCACUCUCCCUUUUCAAUCUUUCUCUCUUCCGAUUCAUCUCCAGAUCUCUCUCAACCUCCUCCAUCCACGUCCAACUUCAUCAGUUUGUACUAUACAUCUAGAAAGAAAUCGUUGGAGCAGAUUUUUGGAUCGGUGCUCGUGUUCGUAAUGGAAAGUCCGGAAUUGAAGAAGCUGAAACCAUUUUGGGAUGAGGCUGGGAUUCAGAACAGAUCUAAAUGGCUUUCAAAUAGUCUUGAAGAUAUGAAUCGGAGUGUUGAGCAGAUGCUGAAGACGAUCAAAGAAAAUAGUGAUAGUUUCCCCGAGAGUGUUGAUAUGGAUUCACAAGUUGAGGAGUUCUCCCGGUUGUAUCAAUCAUUGGUUGAAAAUGUGUUAUCACCGGAGCUACAAUUGCAGGUGCCUGUUUAUUCUGAUUGUGGAUCUCCUCAAGGCACACCGGAGUUAAGUUCCGAUCAAAAACAGGGUUUCAAUUUGUCGAGCAAUAGAGGUUUGGAUAUCUCUUUUGAUUCAGGUGGUGGCAGCUCCAGUCUUUCUCUCAAGGAUGGAACUGAAUCUUCUUCUUCUUCUUCUUCAUCGGACUCUGAAUCAGAAUCUUUCAACUCAUCUGUCGACAAUAACUAUGUGGUUUCACGUGCUGAAAGAGAUGGACAAGGUCUGAAGAAAAAACUUCUUGCAAUUGAAUCUGAGCUUCCAAACAUUAAAGGGGGAUUUUGGGUUGGUGAGGAAGUUAAGGUAAAUUAUGAUGAAUUGCAUGACAAAAUCGCUAAGAUCGAGGAAGAACUUAAAGUUUCAAAUGCAAAGCUUCAAUCAUCUGAAAAUGAGGUAACAAGAUUAAAGAGUGAGGUUGAGAAGAAUGAAACAGCAAUUUUGCUAUCAGAAGGAUUGCAAGCCCAACUUGAAUCAGUUGAAAAAGACAAGCAAGUAAUGGAAACUGAACUUCAAGUGAAAAAGAAGAAAAUCGAGCAAUUGGAAACUCGGAUUUCACAAUCUGAUUCAAAGAUUGAAAGAUUGAUUAAAGAUUUAGAAAUCAGCAAAGAAAUGCUCAAAAGUUCAAACGACAAGAUCACAAGGCUUACACAUGAACUGGAGAACACAAAAUCUGACCACCAUAUACAAAUCAAGGAAUUAGAAACUGCUUUCCAAGUUUCACAAGAACGAUUUCAUGCUGAGAAAGAACAAAUGGAGACUGACAUUCUCAGACAAGUUGAAGCUGAGAAAACAGAAACAAAAGCUCUCCACAACUCUCAAUUGACAAUGUAUCAAGGAGAGAUUAGUCAGUUGAAGGAAGAACUUUCCGUAAGAAGCGAAAGUUUAGCUGAUUUGAAUAGGAAUCACGACGAGCUAAAACUAAAGUAUGAUAUGGUAAUGGCUGAGAAAGAUGAGGCGAGCGCCGUGGUUCUUUCACUUUUAGCUGAUAAAGAAUCGAGAGAAUCUCAUGUCAAUGAAUUGAAGGGUCAAUUGAAGCAUUUACAAGUAGACAAGAGGAGGUUGAUUGAAGGAUCUGAAAGGCAGAACAAAGAAAUUGAUGAUUUGAAAUUGAGACUCUCAGAGUUGGGAGAAGAAGUGAAAAUGCAAAAGACUAUGAUAGAGGAUGGGGCAGAAGGGAAAAGAGAAGCCAUAAGGCAGCUCUGUUUCUCGUUGGAGCACUACAGGAAUGGCUAUCAAGAGCUUCGUGAAGCAUUCAUUGCGCACAAACCACGUCCGGUACUCUCUGCAUAGUCCCUUUUGCUUGUUAAAAUCUCCUUGUCUGUUUUUGUGCUCUUUUAUAAGUAUUAUUAUGACGAUAUUGUUUGGGAGUGAUUUUUUACCAUCGUUAAAAUCACCUUUUUUUUUUUUCGUUUAAGAUUGUUAGGACGAUAUUUUACUAUGUAUUUAUCGUAGUUAUUUCCUUUGUUUAUGGAUGCCGUAUCGGUAUGAAUUGCUUCCUAAGCACGCUAUGCAUACUAUAUAUUGAACUAAACUAGUAAACUUGAGGUCAUUAGCUACGGGAAA